AUGGAGAUGCUGGCGGGCGUGCAAGAUGGCCUGAACAUAGAGCAAGAGUAUAUCAACGCGAUGCGCACGCAGUCUAACGUGCGCUUCUUAUCAAACAAGGAAGAGAUGGAAGCCCUUCUUCAGCCUCAGCAAGAUCUCAUCCUUCCGAUGCUUCACAAAAUGGGGCAGAAAAAAUCUGCUGAAAUCAAGCUCGCAAUGUCCGGUUACUUUGAUGCCAGUGCUGAGGCCUCGGAGAUCUGCAAGCAGCUACUGAGGAAUAUCAAGAACACCGAAAGCAACUACCAAUCAAUGGACAGCUUCCUUGCAAGCAUAGGCUGUACUACUGCCCCUAGUAGUACCUCCCUUGCACUGGAAACAAUCCCGGGUAGAAGCAACCCUUUCAGCACCACCACAAGGAGCAAUUUCAGACAGAUUCAUGACAGGUACUCCUCCGUGCUCAAGACCAUCAAAUCAAGUCACAGGAAAGUGGCAAAGAAGCUCAAGAUAGUGAAAAUCAUCAAGAAGCUCUCAAGGACUUGCCUUGUCAUUGCCGGUGGUGCGGUUGCCAUUGGGAUUGCAGCACACCUGCUGGUCUUUAGCCUUCUGGUUGGAUCUGCGCUCAUGGGGCUCUGCCCUAUUGCGGUCAAGAGGAGGGUCACGAGGCUGAAACGUUCUAAGACAGAGUCUUUGCAGCAGCUGCAGGAGCAACUUGAUACUGCCGCAAAGGGCACAUAUGUUCUUGGCAGGGACUUCGACACGGUGAGCCAACUCGCCGUGCGCCUCUCUGAUGGUAUCGAGCGGGAGAAUGCAAUGGCAACAUAUUGCAUGGAGAUGGUGGAUGAGAAGUAUCCGGUGCAGGAGAUGGUGUUGGAGCUGAGGAGGAGUUGUUCCAGCUCUAGGAGAUUGGCCAUAGAGCUAGAAGAGCACGUGGGCCUGUGCCUUGCUACAAUCCAUAGAGCUAGAGUUUUGGUGAUCGAAGAGAUCUCCAAGCAAGCAUGA